AUGAAUCGAAAAAACAUACCAGUUAUUCUUGAUGUACAAGGCGCUGAUGAAUCAUCAUCAAAUCAACGAUCAUUAAGCUCGGCUGUUGAUCGUGUCUUUAUCGAUAACGAUGAACUGAUAACACUGGAUCCUCGUAAAGAAUCAAUUGACAAAGAUCCACGUAUAAAAGCAAUAAAAGAUGGUGUACAAGACAUGUAUAGACUCAACCAUUCGGAACUGGAAGCAGUUUGGCCUACCCUACAUGAUUGUUUAUUGCUAAAACGGCGCAAUGCUAAAAAGAAAGUGGCAAAAAUGCGUCAAUCUGAUAUUCAAGAUAAUUCGUCCAAUAAUAAUUUACCUGCAAGUCAAAGCACAAGCAUCAAAAUCAGUACUAACGAACAAUCAAAAACUUGA